GUAUCACUGUGUUGCUGUCUCUGACUGUCUUCAUGUUUCUGGUAGCAGAAAUCAUGCCUGGCUACGUCAGACUCUGUUCCUCUCAUCGCCAGUAUUUUUCAUUCGCCAUGAUGAUCGUGGGUCUCUCUCUCGUCGUCACGGUUCUCGUUCUACAGUUCCACCAUCACGACCCUCACGGGGUAAAGAUGCCUAAAUGGAUGCGAGUCAUCCUCCUCAACUGGUGCGCCUGGUUCCUCCGCAUGAAGAAGCCUGGUGAGGAACGCAAGACUACCACCCCCUCCACCGUCACCACCAACACCAAUACUACCCCCAGCUCCGCCACAGGAGGCUACAAGUACUCCCACCCUCCCCCUCACCACGCCAGCACCAGCUCCAUCCAGAUGGGCUCCAUCCCUGGGGGACAGCCCUCCAAUACAUCAACCACCAACGGCAACAUGAACCUGUACUUCGGCUACCACUCUGUGGGUAUGGGAGGGAUGGGAUCCUUAGGAGGGUCCCAUGAUAACCCCUGCUGCCCACCUAGCAGUGACUCUUCAGGGGUUGGGGUCUGCAGUGGAGGGGCUGGGGGUGGUAGUCAGACCACGGGGACAGGCGGAACGUGUUCCCCCAACGAGGCGCUAUUCUCUGACCGGGACGCGGGGAUCCUCCGGAGGUUGACGGUGGACCAGAUCCCGGAGAUCGGGCGGAUCCUGGAGGAAGUUCAUUUCAUCGCCCAGAGGUUCAGGGAGCAGGACGAGGGAGAGGCGGUCUGCAGCGAGUGGAAGUUUGCGGCGGCGGUCGUGGAUCGUCUUGUCUCGUGGCGUUCACCAUCUUCUCCAUCAUCGGCACGUUCACCAUCCUCAUGUCGGCGCCCAACUUCCUAG